UUUAUAUAUUUUUGGUUGUUUUCCGUCGAUUGAGAAACAAAAAAAAAUUAAUGGGAAAGGGCAAGGGUUUACCAUCUCGAACAUGGAUUGCGCCGUGGAGUAGAAGCUCUGCUUGGUCCAAGCCCAAGGUAGAAACUUUGAUAGUUUGCAGAAUCCGAGAGGUCUCCUUUAGUUCAGAGGAAGGCAUUAUCAGUUUGAAGAAUUUGAAACAGGUUGAAGAAGACCAUGGAGGGCAAGGCAUUAAUAUUAGGGUUUUGCUUUGGCAAUCACUGUUGAUGAACCGGCGCCACCAUCCUAAAAGAAGCUCUGCUGGUUAGGGUUUUUUAUCCCUAGAUCUGUCGGGUCUGAAGAUUUAGGUUUCAAUGGAUUGAUUAAAAUGGGAGCCGCAUACUUGAGGCGGAGUUACGCAGUUUUGCGUCGGGGCGUGGCGGUGUUCAUAUUCGGUUGGUUGGUUUCCUGCUUUGCUUUGCCUGCAAUUACUGAGCUCGGGCACACGCAGUCUCCACUCACCCGAUAAGAGCUGGCCUAAUCGCUCCCUCGUGCACUCCUUGGAGAGACGCCUUCAUCCUGGAUCUAGGUUUUCACUGGGGCGUUUGUGUUAUUUUUAGGGUUUAUCUUUGCUCCAGAGAAACCACGUUAGGUUCCUUCUCCGCACACCAUACACGCUUAAGGCGUCUUAACCUGCUUGGCUGAGGAGUUGUUGGUCAUGGUUUAUGCCAGCCUGCGUCUGGCAAUUCGAUGUAGAAAACACUCAAUCAGCCCAAAAUAGUCUUAGGUCCACAGGAUCUAUUAUCUGCUACUACUACUUAUUUGAUUGGAUCUGUUGAUUAAUGUUGCCUGAGAAGGUUAUUAUUCCAGCAGGACACUCUCUCUCCCAUCUACUAGUCUAUGCUAAACCUUAGGUUUCCCAAAAUGGAAGUCUAUAUAUCUUGUGGAGUUCAGGCGGUUCCUGUUCUUCAUCCAUAUCCUUGCAGUCCUCCUCUUGGGAAUUUGGUUGUUCUACCGACUCGAAGGGUGAUUGGAGUGUGGGAAACCGUAUGUUCUUGGCUUCUUGUAGAUCAAUCAUUCCUUGAUUAUCAACUUUACAUGGGAUGCCGACCUUCAAUCUGUAAUUAUUGAGGCUGAGUUAUAGAAGGAUCGGUCCAAGCUUUUUAGAAAAAGGAGAUUAGUUCCUCUGUGUAUUGAAUGGCUUCUCAUGGAUAAGCUUCAGAUCACCUGACAAUAGGUCCAAGUUGCUAAUCUGUUUCUUACUAAGAAAAUAACUAGGAUUUUCUGCCCUUAUAGGCAUAAUCUGAAUUAGCAAUGAUUGCUUUGUUACUCAGCUAGUAUGUGGUGGAAGUUAUGUUGAACUGGAGAACCCUUUUCGAGUUUCACCUAUGGGUGUUAAGCCCUAUUUUUGAAGCGAUAGGGUCAUGGUAUAUUGGUAUUUUCCUUCCUGUUUAGUUGGCUGAGAAGAAGCCCUCACUCCAAACUUAGGUUACUGCCAUAUCAAAAGCUGCACUGUCAACUGAGGAGUUUCAUGCUGGCCUUGAAGGCUGGUUAACAUGAUCUGCCUCAAGGUGAGUUCAUUUUGGAUCCUGCUGUGGGUAUUAGGAGGGGGAUAUUAUCCAUCACAAUCUCUCAAUGAGCUAGGACAACGAGGGUUCCGAUUUAAUGGUGGGUAACCCUUGUUUCCACUUAUGACAUAUUCGGCUGUGUUCGUGCUCUGGGGGGUCAGCCUCUACUAUUGAUCCAAUUAGAAAACGAGUAGUUACAGCAUCCUGCAAGACUUGUGGGGGGAAAGCACUGGUUGAUGGGAGAGGGUCUCUAUCUGGUAGCAUGCUGAGCACUGGGGCACUGGAACUUACUAGUGUUAUCAAUCCUGAAUUGACUUGGAAGACAAUUUCAAAAGGUAACAGAAGCGCAUCAAGGCGGGCUAGAAAACCCAUUUCAAGAAACUAUAAUAGUAGUGGAGCUCUGUUUGAUAGGGAUCCAGAAAAGGUCGAGGAAAUGCCAGUUUCUGAAUCUGAGAAGCUUGGAGUAACUGUCCUUGGACGUCGGUUCAGUGACAAAGUGGAACAUAUACCGAUUAAGAAAAGGAGAUUUUUGUUUCGGUCGCCAUCCCCACCACCUCGGGCAUCAUCUCCACACCCAGAAGAGUCUGAUCAACAUGCUUCAGGUCAGGAGUCUUCUCUGAAUGCAAUUGUACGAAAAAAAGCUGUGGCAGCAGAUGCAGCUGUUCACUUGGGUCAAGUCGUUGACACUGGUAUUGCUAGUGAUGAAAAAUACUUGAAAGAGAUUAACGGAGAUCUUGGUGAGAGUGAGGACUUCUCUGGUAUUUCAAUAUUGGCGGCGGCUGCCUGCAAUAGCAGUAUGGACGGUAGCACUGAUAAUGCUGAGGAUGGUUCAGCCCUUGAAGUAUCUUCUGUGCAAGAGAGGUCUUAUGAUGUUCUGAUGAAAAAUGAAUCACGUCCUGUGGUGAAGGAACCACGCAGGGGCCAUGGUCUCAACUGUGCUGAAAUUUCAGAUGAAGGAACUGGCUCCCGUAUUUCUGCGAUGCGUGUGGAAGAAACAAUUGCCUCCUUGGUGACAGCCGCCUCCUCCCCAAAAAAUAUGGCAUGUAAAACAAAUGCCGAGGCCCCUGACUCUAUGGACAACCUUUUGUCUGCAAAGCAGAAGCUUCCAAGUGACGGAAAUGAAACAAGUUCAAAAAAACAUGAGACUUUGCUAGAUGAUCGAUCACAGUGGGACUUGAAUACUGCUAUGGAUGCUUGGAAGAGUCCCUGUGAUCCUGCUGUGGAUUCUCAGGAAGAUGGAAUUGAUGAUGGUGGACGCAAUGAGAAGCUAGGCAAGUUGGAAGCUUGUGAGCGGAAAAGGGAGCCUGCAGAUACGAAACUUGACAUUGCAAAUCCAGUGCAGCCUGUGGUUGGCAGUGUCAUGGGUGAUGGACGUGAGGGCAUUUGCUGCUAUACAGACUCAAGAAGUUCGACGGUGGGGACUGACGAAUCAAACAGAGAUGACCAUAAAGUAGAUGCACAUGAUGGUGAGGGAAGAUGUGAAAGAACAGCCUGCUUCCAGGUAGAACCUUCUACAUCUGAGAUUGAUAGUGCUCCACAUUUGGUGGGCCUCGAUGGGUCAAAAUCUUUGCAUAAUCAGGAACCAACCACAAGCGUCGGUGCUCAUCAGUUUGUUGACAAGGACACCUGCAUAAAUCAUUCUUCCCUUCCUGUAGCUGAUAAGGGUAGUGAUACACCAGUUUCAGAGGAAAAAGGGCAUGCAAUUUCUGCUGGUGCUACUGGUAAGAAAACAGGAGAUGAUUGUCCUGCUGAGGCAGAAAGAGAUGAACAUAUUUGCUCAAGUCCUCUGUCUGGGAGGCACUGCACUACUUUGUCUUAUGCAGUCAUUCCUGGAGACAUGUGUGGAAACAAAAAAGUUCCGACUGAAGAUGGAGAGGAUGCUGGUGGAACUUCAGGUUUGCAUGACAAUGGAAACUUCCCCAAUAAACCACAAAGCACUGACCUUAUGGCAUGUGAUCCUCUGCAGUCUGGACCUUCUGAUAGUGUCAUGGAUCAUGCUGUUGGUGAUCGUUCCCCAUUGACCAGCUGUGAAGAGUUGUCUGGUUCAGGGGAAUCUGCUGAAAGUAGUGAACAUGCUGUUGGUGUGGGUUUGAAGGUACAAGAUGCCAGAGAUUUUGUAGCUGAUGCUGCUGUGGAUUAUCCAGAUCAGAUUGAAUCCAAAGAACUCUCAUGUAAGACUUUGGAAGCGACUACAGGGACAGUGGAGGCACCAGGUGGCAUCAGUUGUCAUGGGGCCUAUAGAAGCUGUGCUGAUGAUCUUCUAAAUAUUUCUGGCAGUGUUGCUCCUGAAGAUGAUCAUUUUGAUGAUGUUGAUUAUGGUUCAGAUGUUUCUCAAGAUGAUCCCCAAGGGAUGGAAAAGGACAACGAACUUCAGGCAGGUUAUGAUUCUCAGUACGAGGAUGGGGAGUUCAGGGAGUCUGUUCUACAUAGUUGGGAAGGGGAUGCAUAUGAGGAAGGGGAAGCUGAACAUGUUGACCAUGGAUCUGACAACAGAGAAGCAUAUGACUUUGAAGCUGCAGAAAAAACUGAUUGUCCUGGUUCCGUGUCUCUACAAAUUGAGGAUCUGGCUGAAUGCCAUGGGGGAAGAUCUGCUGAGAUCAAUGGCAACUGUGAAAUAGAUCAAGUUAUGGAGAGGAAUAUGCCAGAAAACAAUGUUCUAGGUGCAGGAUAUUGUGAGAAAAGGUCAGGAACAGUGAGUAGACACUCAAGGGGGCAGUUUGGUAAGAGAGAUGACUUUAGUAAGGUGAAUGGAGAUGAUGAGCUUUAUGUCGUUGGACAUGCUGGGAAGGACUCAACCCAAUCAGCAAGUUUGAGGAUGAAAUUUUCUGGAUGGGAUCAGUUGCCUGAAGGUAGCAGAGGUUCUGUGGAUACAAAAUUGGAGGCCAGAGAUGGUCACUUAAAAAGGCUUCAUUCUGUUGCUCGUAUGGAUGGACAUGAUUCUGGGGAUUCUGUUGCAAGGAUGGCAACAACAUCUAGGCGGGAGUUGCAUUCCCGUAUUGAGGGUCCCACAUCUUCUGAUGUUUUGCAUAGAAAAGAUAGAUCCAACAAGCUGGAUGAUUCAAACCGUAGAGCUGAAAGAGAACUUGUUUCUGCAAAAUCCAUUGGAAGGGGUGGAUCCUCUAUGCCGCAUAUGCAUGGCGGGGGGCGGGGAGGUGAUCGUUGGGUUGAUUCUUCCCAUUGGGGUCCAGAACGUCAUCGUUCACCUGGUUUUGGGCACCCUGGGCCAAAGAAUGCUGCAGCAGUAGCUGCUGCCAAGAUAGAGAGCAGUGGUUUUGUUGUUGCUCCAGAUGGUACAGUGGUAAAAGCUGGUGGUUUGGGACGGCGUAGACAAUCUGUAAAUGCAUCUUCAGAAGGUGUGCGCCGCUCUCUCGCCCGAAGGGGAUCACCAUCAGACAGGGAUGAGGCUCUUGGCAUGCAUAUGGAACUUGAUCUGGUGGGUGAGAUGAGCCCUGAUAGGAGCAUUUCUGUCGGAAGGGAUAGGUCUGGAAGAUUUGGCCCACGAAUGGUGGCUUCCAGCAUCAGGGGGAGAUAUCAAGGACCUGCCCCUGAUGAUUCCUCCUUACGCAUGCAACAUCCUUUAGUCACAAGAGAUCGGAGCUAUUCUCCCAUUCAAAGAAGAGGGGCUCCCCAUAUAUCUCGAUCCCGUACAAAUUCCCCAUCAAGAUCUAGAACCCGUUCUCCCCAUGCUUGGCCUUCUCCAAGGGGAAGAAAUGGGUGUGGUAUCAGCAGUGGUCCGGUUUUAAGACAUCACAGUAGAAGUCCUCCAAAUUUCAGGUCUGAGGUUAGAAUGGACAGAGUGAGGUCACCUCAUCGGCGGCCAGGUUUUUUAGCAGAUCAUGAUCCAGGUUUUGCCCCAGCGGCCAGAAUCCGUGGUUCUCCACAACAUUCUUCCCGAUGGGUUGAGAAUAGGAAAGAUGCAGUAGAUCAUUUUCGGGAGCAAGGGUACAAGCAGCGACUACAGGAUUCAGAAAGAAGAUUGCCUGGAAGAAUUUUCCCACGAAGCCAUAGGUUUGAUCUGGCGGGUUCCACGGGGAGAUCAAAGCUGGAUGGGUAUUAUAGACCCAUGCAUCCUGGGAGGUUUACUGAGAUGGUUGGAGCUGGAAGAGGGUCUAGGUAUGAUGAAAAUGAUGAUGAUAGAAGGAAACAUGGCCACAGAUAUGAGUUUGUUCAUCCUGUGAGGCGUUAUGAUACGGAUGGUCCUGUAAAGAGGUUCCGGUAUGAUGUGGAAGAUGGUUUUGCAUCGCACGACUCUCAUAACAAGGAGCCAACAGAGUUUCAUGGUAGAGAGAGUCCUAAGACCUAUGGCAGGGGUAUUGACAGCAGGCUGGGGGAUGCACCUAGGAGAUCUAGAGAAGACAAAGGCCAUUUCAGAUAUGGUCGAGACUGGAAGUGUAAUUCCAACUCCAAGUCAUUUGGAAUGCGAUAAUGUGAUGAAGAUGGUUCUCCAAGAAGGAGAAUACCUUCAUGACCUUUGUACCCUUUGUUUUUUCUCCCUUUGGGUGCUUUGGUUGGUCGACAAAGAGAUGUUGAAUCUGGUGAAUUUUCCUCCUUUGGUGGGGAAGCGUCUCAGUUCUCCCCCCCCCCCCCCCCCUCUCUUAUUACAGUGCUUCUGGAACUAUUAUCACUAUGCAGAUGGCUGCUUAUACUUCCUUUUUUCUUCAGCCCUUUUUUAGAAGAUUUUUUCAGACAUUUUUCUUUUGGCAUAUUCUGAGUUAUGUAACCUCUUCAUGAGGCCACUGAAAUAUUAUUAAUCAAGUGAAAAUUCAAUUCA